AUGGUGGCUACGAAGCCUACGGCGGAAGACCUACGGCGGCCUUUUGGAGUGGAACCGGACGUAUUGGAGUGGGUGGUGGAGACCGGGUGGAGCAAGGCGUUGGUGUCCUGCGGUUUGAGUCCAGAGACAACCUUGUAUGCGAGUUUUACGGAAGUGACAUUGGGACUGAAGAAUUGUUUUCGGUAUUUACAGCACAUUGUGCCAGCGCCGGAGGAGAACUGGUACGUUGCGGUGUUCCACAAUUACGACUUGAACGAGGAUGGUUACAUCGACUUUGAGGAUUUUAAGGACAUGGUUUACAAGUAUCAUAACCAUCAUGCCCACCGGAACUUGCGCCAUCACCGCCAGAAGCAAAAGAAGGCCGCCGCUGGCAGCCCCGGCAACGACCGACAAGUCUCACCUCUCAACCGCAUGAUGGCUGAUGCCAAGGCACGCGAUCAGGCCCUUGGCAUCACCCGCCAGGCCGCCGUCGAGGGACCUCAGUUCGCAUCACACAUCGUCUUCCCCCUACACCAAGACGCCUGCCAAGUGUUCAGAGACUACACCUUCGGCUCCGAUGCAGGCGCCGGCGCGUUCGGCAAAGUUCAAGUAGUCACUCACAAAGCCACCGGUGCACGCCGCGCCUGCAAAACCGUCGUCGUCGCGCGCCCAAGACACUCAACCAUCCAAAUAUUCUACGUGUAA